CCAGUCGGCGCCACCUGCGGGCGGAGCGCGGGGCUCCAGGGGCGGAGACAGUGAGGGACCUGGCGGAGGUCAAGGGGCCGGGUUCAUUAGUGCCUCCCGGUCCGAGGGACGUCAGCGUGUGCAGGGACGCGGUACCCCGGAGCGUCGGGAAGGCUCCACCCUGCCCACGCACGCGCGGGGUCGCCGCCCUCCAUCUCCAGUCUGAACAAACGCUGGAGGGGUCAGCGAGCCCGACGCCAGACCUGCAGGCCUGCGGCGGCUGUUCCAACCCGGAAAGUUUAGGCAGACGUCCCGGUCUCCCGACUUCCGGUUCCGGUUUUGGGGCCCUGUCUGGCGGCCUUCACUAUGGAAGAACCAGAGAUGCAGCUGAAGGGAAAGAAAGUCACAGACAAGUUCACCGAGAGUGUCUAUGUCCUGGCCAACGAGCCGUCCGUGGCCCUGUACCGGCUACAGGAACAUGUGCGCCGCUCACUGCCAGAGCUGGCCCAGCACAAGGCUGACAUGCAGAGGUGGGAGGAGCAGAGCCAAGGUGCCAUAUACACCGUGGAGUACGCCUGCAGUGCUGUGAAGAGCCUAGUGGACAGCAGUGUGUAUUUCCGUAGUGUGGAAGGCCUGCUCAAACAGGCCAUCAGCAUCCGGGACCACAUGAACACCAGCGCUCAGGGCCACAGCCAGGAGAAACCUUCCCCUCCUUCUGUGGCCUGACCCUGACCCCGGAAGACUCUCAGGGCCACCGACUUCCCCACCCAGGGUUCUGGGCACUCACGGCUGUCACCACCACCACCACCACAGGAGAUGGGCAGUUCUUCACUCGAGAAUCCCAUGGGGCAUCUGGGAGGACCCGAAGCUAGAAGGGCUCCCAGGUGUGUGCCUGUGAUCCUGUCAGCCCUGGUGCAUCCUGCCCAUACCCAGCCCACACC